UGACGCUGGCGCGAGGGUCUCUGUGCUCCGCGCUGCACGUGUAAUGACGCCAGCCAAUCGCAACUGAAUCCCGCGGGCCCCCCCACUGCCCUGAGCGGCGGGGCGGCCGGCCGAGGCGUCACGCGCUCCAUGGUAACGACGCUCGGCUGAAGAUGGCUGCCGGGUGCGAGCGGGGCGGCGGAGCGGGUCCCGUGGGUUCAGGCCCGGGCUGCGCCCGCCAGCGCCGUGGCGGAUCUCUGUGGGUCCGGGGCGUCUUGCUCCUGCUGGGCGGGUUCCCGGCCGGCGCCGCGUCCGCUUCCGUCUCCGUGGGCAGCUCUCCCGUGUGCCGGCACCAGGUCCCCGCUGUCAGCGAGGUCAUAAAUAAGGUUUACCUUCGGAGAAAUCAUGUUGUAAGGAGGGGCGCUGAUGACCAUUUAAGAAUCAAGACUGUCUACGAUAGAAGCAUUGAGGAGUUGCUCCCUGAGAAGAGGCACCUUGUGAAGAACAAGCUUUUCCCGCAAGCGAUUUCCUACCUGGAGAAGACACUGCAGGUCCGCAGACCAGCCGGCGCGAUCCUGCUUGGCAGGCAGUGUGCCACAAACCAGUACCUGCGGAAGGAGAACGACCCUCACCGUUACUGCACGGGGGAGUGUGCGGCCCAGACCAGGUGUGGCCCCGUGGUGGUGCCAGAGGAGCACCUGCAGCCAUGCAGGGUGUGCCGAGGCGGGAAGUGGCCCUGCACAGCGGUGGGCGAGCUGGACCAGGAGGGCAUCCGGGAUGCAGACUUUGUCCUUUAUGUCGGGGCUUUGGCCACGGAGAGAUGCAGCCAUGAAAACAUCAUCUCUUACGCAGCCUACUGUCAGCAGGAAGCAGAGAUGGACAGGCCAAUAGCAGGAUAUGCUAACCUGUGUCCAAAUAUGAUCUCUACCCAGCCGCAGGAGUUCAUUGGGAUGCUGUCCACAGUGAAACACGAGGUUAUCCACGCCCUGGGCUUCUCAGCUGGGCUCUUUGCAUUCUACCACGAUAAAGAUGGAAAUCCUCUAACUUCCAGGUUUGCAGAUGGUCUCCCGCCUUUUAAUUACAGUCUUGGGUUGUAUCAGUGGAGUGAUAAAGUGGUCCGCAAAGUGGAGCGGUCAUGGAACAUCCGUGAUAAUAAGACAGUUCAUCACAAUGUGUAUCUUCUCGUGACCCCUCAUGUUGUUGAUGAAGCACGAAAACAUUUUAGUUGUCCGCUGCUGGAAGGGAUGGAGCUUGAGAAUCAAGGCGGCAUGGGCACAGAGCUUAACCACUGGGAGAAACGGCUGCUAGAGAACGAAGCGAUGACAGGGUCUCACACCCAGAACCGGGUCCUCUCCCGAAUCACUUUGGCAUUAAUGGAGGACACCGGGUGGUAUAGAGCGAACUACAGCAUGGCUGAGAAGCUGGACUGGGGCCAGGGCAUGGGCUGCGACUUCGUGACCAAGAGCUGCAAGUUCUGGAUGGGCCAGCAGAGGCAGAGGGGGCAGGUGCUGAGCCCUUACUGUGACACGCUCAGGAGCAACCCGCUGCAGCUGACCUGCAGGCAGGACCAGAGGGCCGUGGCCGUGUGCAAUUUGCAGAAGUUCCCUCAGCCAUUGCCACCAGAGUACCAGUACUUCGACGAGCUUGCCGGGGUCCCCACGGAAGACCUGCCGCACUACGGCGGCUCGGUGGAGAUCGCCGACUACUGCCCUUUCAGCCAGGAAUUCAGCUGGCAUUCAAGCGGCGAGUAUCAGCGCAGCUCAGACUGCAGAAUCCUGGAGAAUCAGCCAGAAACUUUGAAAAACUAUGGUGCUGAAAAGUAUGGACCUCAUUCCAUUUGUCUGAUUCAGAAGUCGGCCUUUGUCAUGGAGAACUGUGAGAGGAAGCUGAGCUACCCAGACUGGGGGAGCGGAUGCUACCAGAUCUCUUGUUCUCCUCAAGGUCUGAAGGUCUGGGUGCAGGACACAGCGUAUCCGUGCAGCCGGGCUGGGCAGGUCCUGCCUGUCAGCAUUCAGAUGAACGGCUGGAUCCAUGGCGGGAACCUGCUCUGCCCGUUCUGCUGGGACUUCUGUGAGCAGUGCCCUCCAGAGACGGACCCUCCGGCUGCCAACCUCACUCGGGCGCUGCCCCUCGAUCUCUGCUCCCGCUCCUCCAGCCUGGUGGUCACCCUCUGGCUGCUGCUGGGCAACCUGCUUCCCGUACUGGCUGGAGUCCUGUUGUGCAUGUGGCACUAGGAAUCAAGGAGCUGCUCCGCGUCACAUUGCUGUGGAAAAAGCACAAGGCACAAACCUGGGCGAGUGCCAGCCUAUGCGGGUGACAGUGGCCAGAGUCCGGCCCUGGAGCAGAGCUGCCUGGCAGUCACUGACCAGCCUUCGUGUCUCAGAGCUCAGAGGAGGAGAAAACCCAAGUCACCGGGUCACUCUGCUUUCAGGAUGUGUCACCCCUGCUGUCCUGUGAAAAUGGGGCACCAGUGGGAUUUUUAGAGUGAUCACACACUCACCGUCUCUGCUGACCUGAAAUGAUGGGAAAGCUCAUCAUCGACACUGCAGCACAGAAACGGGCAGCAGCUAAUUCUGCAAGACUCUGGAGGCUGAGGCAGGAGGAUUGCCACAAGUUCAAGGCCAGCCUGAACUCCAGAGUAAGACCCCGUCUCAAUAAACAAAAGCUGGGUGUGGCUGGAUUAUACCUGUAAUCCCAGCACGCAGGCUGAAGUGAGUUUGAGGCCAGCCUGAACUACCUAGCAAGACCCUAUCUCAAAAAACAAACAACAUUAUAACUUGUGAAAUUUGUCUUCAGAAGUGUAAAUUAGAUUUACAGAAAAUAAUUCAGCUGGGAUUUCUGCAGCACUCUUGUACCUAUUUAAAUGCAGUGGCUAUACAUGGGACACUUAAAUCACUGUUUUCAUUGUGGUGUUUUCAGUUCUUUCUUGCUGAAUCCUACAAAUUAACCGAGCUUGCCUUUUCUGCCAGUGGCAGAAAAAGAUGGGCACCACUGUCUGUGUGUGUAGCCUCUGUCCUCACCACCUACAGAACUCAGCGUCCCCAUGAGCUCACCAUGAAGCGGUGACUGGAAAGCCCCUGGAAGCAGAGAGCUUGAGAUAUGCCACCCUGAAAAGUAGAAGACGCUCAAGCAAGAAAACUUUUAUUUUUUCAGAGAAUAGUUGUGACACACAGAAUCCAGCACACACAGAAUUACUGUAUUCUGCUUUAUCCAGAGUAGAUAAAAAGAAAUCCUGAUAGGGUCAGGCAUGGAGUCAUUUUCAGGUGGGCUAAGAAAUUGUUACAGAAGGAUUGCUAAUAUUCUUUUGCUAAUAUUAAUUCUGAAAAUUCUUUUGUGGAUAAGGAGAAAACCAGGUCAACUGAGAUGAUCUGAGUUGUUUACCAAUAGCCAAGUGUAGGCCUUGUGUGGGCCCUGCCCUGUAGGGUCCACUCACACCUAAUGCAGGGCUCAGCGCAUGGAAGCUGAAAGAUGGAAGUCUGUGUGCCCCAGGUUUGGCUCUCCUCUUCCCACCAAACUCUACGAGGCAGUUCUCCUGCACCAGAGCUCACCUACCCACAGAGUCAUUUUACUCUGUCGGAUGACAGUGGGAUGGUGAUGAUGAUGAUUUUGGUGGUGCUGGUACUAGAAAUUGAACGUGGGGCUGUCACACCUCAGCCUCUUUUUAAUUUUUUGUUCCAAGAUAGAAUCUCACUAAGUUGCUCAGUUGCCCAGCCUGGGCUUGAGCUUGCAGUCCUCCUGCUUCAGCCUCCUUGAGCACUAGGACUAUAGGUACAUGCUAUCAUACUUGGCUAACUCUUUAAUAAUGGGUGCUGUUUUGUUUUCCUCUCUAAAGCUAGUGAAUUCCUGUGACAUUUAAACAAAAGUAGUUAUUGAGUAUUCCAGUUAAGAAGUUUUUACCGAGUGGUGGUUUAGUACUAUAAUCCCAGUUGCUUGGGAGGCUGGGGCAAAAGAAUUAGAAGUUCAAGACCAGUCCUAGAGAAUGUAGCAAGACCCUGACUCAAAAAAAAAAAAAAAAAAAAAAAAGUGGGGUCUGGGGGACUGAGGAGGUAGCUCAGUGAUGUGACGCAUACUUGCUUCAGGUGAGGCCCUGGGUUCAAUCCCUAGUAUUACCAAGAAAACUAUGCUAAGCGAGCAGAGCAGCAUAUUUCUUAUGAGGUCAUAAUUCUAACUGGCUAUAUGGCAUUAGGGUCAGAUAGUAACCCCAGCAUAAAAUAAUUUUUAAAAAUGCAUACAUUUAGCCUAGGUGUGGUGGCACACACCUGUAAUCUCAGCACUCUGGGAGGCUGCAGCAAGAGAAUUACCACUAGUUCAAGGCCUAGGGCUAUGUAGUAAGUUAAAAAAGAUGUGUACAUUUAAAAUAUGUGUUGCAUGUGGUACAGGCAGAAGUGUUUGCCAUGGUGAGGAGCCGGCUCCUUAGUCACUGGCUGCAGCAAAGCAGGAAGGGCUGAUCCCCAGGCUGGGAUCGGGCUCCAUCUGCUCUGUGCAGACUUUAAAUUGUGCAAGUUUGGAGGAGAAUGAAGGCAGAUUUUUUUUUUUUUUUGUCUUUUUUCAUUUUUAUCAGUACUGAGGAUCGAACUCAGGACCGCCUGCUUGCAAGGCAGGUGCUUAUGCCGCUGAGCUAAAUCCCCAGCCCCAUGAAGGCAGAUUUUUAAAGAAACAUAAUCUCAACUUCUAUGCCUGUUAACAGUUACAAGUCAUCUCCCAAAGUUUUAUAAAAAGCCAAAACUGGCAUGGGUUCCUAAUACAUUGAGAUUCACAGUGCAGUGACACUGUCUGGGCAGUGUUGUUUCCAAGCAUGGUGCUUUUAUACUUGACGUAUAUUUUUGCUUUGUUUUUUAUUGGUGUAUUUGCACUAAUGACUUUAGAGAAAAUACUGCUGAUGACUGUUUUGCAUAUGUAUUUGUUAAAGUUGGAAUGUGAUGGCCCAGUUUUCUCUGCAGACGUGAAACGAUUUCAAGGACCUAUCACCUCCCGAACGCCCUCACGGCAGCAGCGCCUGUAUCCUGUUAGUAAGGCUCAGGUGAGGUGGGCUCAGAUUUUGUACCAUAUACUCAGCAAGACACUGAGUGAGCAAAGAGUGAGAGGCACGUUUGAGUCACUUAGGAUAUGAUAAUGAGGCAGAGACUUUUAAAAUCUGAGAUUUCAAACCAGGCAUGGUGGCACACACCUGUAAUCUCAACACUUAGGAGGCUGAGGCAGGAGGAUCACCCCGAGUUCAGAUCCAGCCUAGGCUAUAUAGUGAGUUCAAGGCCAGCCUGAACUAUGUAAUAACCUCUUACAGAAAUUUUUUUUUUUAAAUCUUGAGAUUUCAAAGCAGAAUUACUAGUAUAGAAUUCAGUUGUGAAUGAAGAAUUUGAAGUGGCACCACAUCGGUACUGUGUGUCAGGCCAGCGCUUCCUGUCAGCGGAGACUGGACCAGUUCCCCACACACGAGCAUGCAGGCUGCAGUGUGGCGGCAGUCACAGGGACAGAGGAGGCAGAUAAGCAGCUGACCUGGGGACAGUCUCCUCCCAGCUCAGAAGAGAUCAGGUGUGGUACAGACUACCAUGGUUUUCAGUUCCAACUUAGGUUCACCUGGAUUGUUUCAAGGUCCCAGGUAUCAAAAGUAUCACGUGACUUCAUCACAGGUUUUUCAGACCUGGAGUCACAGGAAGAAGCCAAAGACACAACACAGCCUGGCACUGGCGAGCACUCCAGCCAGCUUCAUGUAAAUCUGCUUUGCUCUGGGAAAGUCACCUUUUUCUUGGCUUAUUUCUAGAACUGAUCACCCACAAUUUUUCCACAGGAUGCUUUUUGAUAAGACCAACCAGACAUUGUAAAAAUGGUAUAUGUAAAUCCUGCUUAACGUCGGUUUCCAUCCUGUGCCGAGUUGGAGUUAGCACUAUUGGGAGUGGAAACAGGUUUCUGUCUCUUUUUUUUUUGGUACCAGGGAUCAAACUCAUGACCUCACACUUGCCAGGCAAGCGCUUGAGCCACUGAGCUACAUCCCUGGCCCAGAAUGGAAAGUUUUAUGGGUUUCGAUUGUUCAGGCAUCCGUAGGCAUAGCAGAGCAUUUCCAACAGUUUUAUCACUGCUCUGCUCCUGGACCAAGGCCAUGUGAGACAUCGAGGUGACUUCUAGGAACCCACCCGGGACACGAGCUUCACCUGUGCUCCCAGACCCAGCCUGCUGGCAUGCAGCUCUCAUCACUGUGUCCUGUUUCCCUUGGGCACUGAAGGGACAGAGAGGAGCCUGACUCCCAGGGUGGCUGCAUAGUUCAGGAGGAGGACGACAGUCACACUGCUUGUCACCCCUGCCAGGAAGCCCGGUGAACUGAAGGGUUUCAGUAAAGGCUGCUUCUCGUUGUGAAGAGAUCUCAACUGACAGGAAGAGUUUAGAGAGCUAUAAAAUAUAGGGUUAGGAAGGGAGUGGUGAAUUACUUUACAUUUACAUUUUUAAUAAGUCAUAUACAAGAUUUAAGAACUCUUCUUUAUGGUGUUGAACUUUAAGUGUAAUAUAUUCCUUAGAGAUAUACAGCUUUAAUAAAAAUGGAGACUGAUUUGCA